GACAGACAAUGUUGAGUCGCGGUAUAAUUGAGAUUGUUCUGUUGAGCGCUGCGGCGGGGUACAUGGACCUCCCGGUGAGAGAUCUCCCGGAAAUAGACCUGAACAAGCCGAAUAAUUUUGACGCCACCACUUGUGAGAAAUUCGAACAAAACGCUUACUUUGAUCCUAAAGAGGUCGUCGACUCACUCUGGAAGAUAUUCUAUUACUGGGCAAAUGGGGUGGAGAUAUCAACGAUUUUGUUUUCUUUGCCAUCUGACAAGAAGAUAAGCAAUUUUAGGACGCUUGUGGAGACUUACAAUCCAGGUCUGAGUAUUGAGUGGGACAAAGCUGCGCUGUUUAUGGAGCCCCGGCCUGAUGUGAAAGUGUUGCUCGUGAGCAGAAACCGUCCAGGCAAAUAUCUCGCGGUGGUUAAGGGUGACAAAUACGAUAAAGGGGGUGACGUUCCAAAUGUGCACACGACAGAUGUCCGUAUGAAAACAGUCGGGCGCUACAUGGGCAUCAUGAAUUGCGACGAUGGCUCCGCGUUCGCUUUGGCGCGGCUCCACGACAUGCCUGAUACCUACCAACAUAGUAAAGCAGCCGCGCAGUUAUUAGGUUUCAACGUGAACACAGGAAAAUCAUAUAUUACCCAUGUCCCCGAAUUACGUCCACUUGAUGAGCUUUAAUUGAUUCUAUGUGGUAUCCUACUACUUCUUUAUUUAUCCCAAGGUCAAUACGUUAGUCACCUGAGUUUUAUCGCAUAAAGCAUCGCUGAAGAUUUCAUUGAAAAUUAAAUCGAAAUGAUUUCAUACUUAUUAACUUGCUGAUAUUUAUUUCAACUUAUAUUAUUAUAUGUACGUAUAUCAUCUACAGCUUUAAGGGUUUCUUAAGAAGCGUUCAAAUGACGACGAAACCGCCAUCAAUAUUCAUUAAAUAGUUACGAAGUUUAUAACAAAACAAGGAGAAAUACGGUCAUAAGACUUCAUUAAAUUCUAUUAACUAGUUUUACGUAAAAUUAUAGUAAAAUAAAUAAUAAUAUGUAUUUAUUCCAAUGUCAAAAAAUAACAAACGAUAAAAGAGAACUUUAACUUGAGUUAGUUUUUUUUUUAUAAUUAGUGUUAAUAAUUUGUUAAACGCCUGUUACAUUUCAUUCGAAUUUGAAGAACGACCAUUAAAUAUGUGCUUGUAAGAGUCAUAAAUAAAAUAAAUAAUUUAUCUGGCCUAGUACCUCCAUAGUAAUAAAUUGUCUGUAGCUAUGCUAAAUCGAUUUCCUUUGUACCUGUAAGUAAAACUUAUGUCCCUUUUCCAUCCGUUUCCCUUUUGUGGACCCAUGAGGUUUUUAGUAAAUAAUGUUGGCCAAGAAAUAUUGCACAGUCCCGCUCUACAUAUAAAUCAAUGAUAGAGAAAUAAUAAAUACUGGCAAAUUAUUAGCUUAGCUAUUUUUACCUUUGUGUCUUCGAGAUCCAAAAAUUAAUUAUAAGGUAAAAUUACGUAGA